AUCAGCUGUAGCAGCGCCAUCACCAUCACCACCACCGCCACCACCACCGCCAUCGUCAGCAGCUAUAGCGGCACCACCAUCCAGCAGCAGCAGCAGCACACAGCCGGGCACCCAGCUGACAUCUUGCGGCGGCACCAUGGGGCGGAGAGAUUUGCGCCACCUGGACCAUCUCCUCGCCCCUGGGCGAGGCGCACCGCUCUCUUCCUCCUCCUCAUCACCGCCGCCGCCACCGCCGCUGUCCGUCAGCAUCCUCCUCCUCCUCCUGCUGCUGCUCCUGCUGCUGCUGGCACCUCAGCCGGCAGAGUCCUGCGGACCCGGUCGCUUGAACGGGGGCCGGUGGCGCCCUGCGCGCAAGCUGACGCCGCUCGCCUACAAGCAGUUCGUGCCCAACGUGGCCGAGAAGACGCUGGGCGCCAGCGGCCGCUACGAGGGGAAGAUCGCGCGCGGCUCCGAGAGGGUUCCGGGAGCUGACGCCCACUACAACCCCGACAUCGUGUUCAAGGACGAGGAGAGCACGGGGGCCGACCGCCUCAUGACGCAGGUGAGGGUGCCUUGAUGGGGGGGUGGGGGUGGUGGGGAUUAGGUGAGGAUGGAUGAUGAUGUGGAGGAAGACGAGGAUG